CCUACCCUUCCCUUGCUGGACUGGGGUAUAUAACACAGGCCUGCCUGCCUGCUGCUCUCACAUCUUUCUAGCAGAGUGACAGAGAGAGAGGUAGAGGGAGAGAGAGAAAGAGUAAGAGGUGUACAGACAGCCGUAGAGUGAAAGUAGGGCAGCGGAGGAAGAACAGAGAGAGAGACUACUUCUUGCUAUUCCACGAUUGCUGAGAGAGAUUUGACCAUGAAGCUCUUCUGCCUCUUGUUUCUGCUGGGUGUAUCUACAGUUCAGGCAGCUCAUCAGGAUACCUCCAGGGUCUACCCCACUGUACCCUCUCAACUCCAGCCCCAGACGAAGCCUCCAGCCGAGGCCAAGUCCCGCUUUGCCAUGCUGGACGAUGUCCGUCUCCUUGCCAACGGCUUGCUCCAACUGGGUCAGAGCCUCAGGGAGUUUGUCCACAAGACCAAGGCCCAGAUCAACGACAUCUUUCAAAAACUCAACAUCUUUGACCGCUCUUUCUACCAGCUCUCUGUGGUCACCUCUGAGAUAAAGGAGGAAGAGGAGGAGCUGAAGAAGACCACCACAUUCCUCAAGGCCAACAACGAGGAGAUCCGGAACCUGUCACUGGAGAUCAACUCCAAGAUCAACAGUAUCCUGCAAGAGAGGAGCCAGCUGCAGAGUAAAGUAGGAGGGCUGGAGGAGAAACUGAAGGGACUGUCGGAGAGCAUGAUGCCCGCAGAGCAGCUCUACGAGAUCAAGUCACUCAAGGAUGUGAUUGCGGCGCAGGAGAGGACCAUCACGGACCUGCUGAAAGCUGUGAGGGAGCAGCACGAUCAGCUCAACCACCAAAAAACUAAGAUCAGGACUCUGGAGGAAAAGAUCAGCAUUGACAAUUUCCAGGACACAACUGACAAAGUUGCGGAUUCCAACUCAGAGACGCCAGACAUGUUUGGAUACCUGACAGGCAACUCCACUGGUCCGGACACAGACCUAUCCAUGGACUGCGGUGAUCUGUUCAACAGAGGAGAGAGAAACAGCGGGGUGUACUCUAUCAAGCCAAACCAGUCUGAGCCUUUCAAUGUGUUCUGUGAACUGACCUCAGGAGGAGGAUCAACAGUCAUCCAGAGCAGGGAGGACGGAUCUGUGGAUUUUGACCAAGCAUGGGAGAAGUACGAGAACGGAUUUGGGGAUCUGGAAAAAGAGUUCUGGCUGGGCCUGAGGAAGAUCUACAGCCUUGCUGGUCAGGGUGAAUCUAUCCUGCAUAUUGAGCUGGAGGACUGGAAGGAAGAGAGGAGGUCUGUAGAGUACCAGUUCACCAUGGAGGGACCCCAGGCCCACUACACCCUCCACCUCACCCACCUGUCUGGUGAUCUGCCCGACGCCAUGGGCAACCACAGUGGCAUGAGGUUCUCAACCAAGGACAGAGACAACGACAACCACCAGGACUCCAACUGUGCCAAAAACUACACAGGUGGCUGGUGGUUCAAUGCCUGUGGUGACACCAACCUGAACGGCAGGUACAUGUGGCUGAGGUCAAAGGGUCGUUCCAUGAGGAGAAAAGGAAUCCAGUGGAAACCUCUGGGGACCUCCUACUCCCUCAAGACCACCAAGAUCUCCAUACGGCCCGCCUCACCCGCCCCCCUCACCUCAAGUCCCCCUUAACCUCGUCCCCACCUACAUUACACCUCGUUGGUACGGCAACAACAAAUACACCCCCUCUCGCCGUAACCUUCCACUUACCCACCCUCGCAUUACACAUUGUUGACAUGGUAGCAACAGAUAGAGCAGCUGUUGACAGUAGAAGAAAAAGU